UGGUACGCAUUGCACCUCCAAGACCUCAUCAGAUCACAACCCCCUCUUACUAUUUAUAUUGUGUGUGUGUUUGUGUGUGUGUGUGUGUGUGUUUGGUUAACUCAGCUUUAAAGACAGCAGCAGGUUGGAGGAACACACUGAAGGAGGGAGAAAGAGGCAGAUGGAGAAAAAACAGCGAGUGACGGGAAAAAAGAGCAAGGAGGGUGAGUGAGGAGGGUGGGAGUAGAGAGGGAGGAGAAAGGAAGAGUAGGGGAGGGUUUUUUCUACAGCGGUGGUGAGACAGAAGUUUCAUCUCUGCGCUUCACACACAUCCAGGACAGAAGACUGCACACAUACAUACAGAGACAAUGCUGCUCCCAGUGAGCGUUCUGAUUGGCCUGCUGUGCCUGAGCAAUGUGGGCGGUGCGUGGGGUUUCGCCCGUCUUCAGGACGAUGUCGAGCAGCGCUCGGCUUUCUCGGUUGCACGCACCAACAGCAUGGAGGGCGGGCCCAAGAUGACCGUGACCUUUGAUGCUGUUUAUGUCAACAUUGGUGGGGAUUUUGACGCCAAGACUGGCUUGUUCCGCUGUCGCAUCACCGGGGCCUACUUCUUCUCCUUCACAGUGGGGAAGUUCCCCCACAAAGACCUUUCAGUGAUGCUGAUGAAGAACAGGAAUGAGGUGCAGGCCAUCGUAUAUGAGGAGAACGCCGGAGAGGAAAGGAAGGUACAGAGCCAGAGCGUCAUGCUGCAGCUGGAGUUUGGUGACACCGUAUGGCUCCGUCUCCAUGGUGACCCUCGCUAUGCGCUCUACAGCAACACAGGACACUACACCACCUUCAACGGUUACCUCAUCUACCCCGACACCUAUGACUUCCAGACACACCACCACCAACACCGUUCUGACUUCAACUCCCAGCAGACCCAGGAGGAAAACAAGCCCCUGUUGAUCAGCAACCAGGCCACAGAGAGCAUCAGGUCUGAAACAACAGAAGCAGCGGUGGUGUUAGAGCAAAAGGAGCAGCAACAUCAGGAGGUAGAAGAGGAAGAGUAUGACGACGAAGAGGACGACCAAAGAUCGGCCUUCUCGGUGGGGCGCACCCAAAGCAUCGUGGGAGUCAAUCAAGUAGGCCUGCCGCAGCACCAGCCGGUGAGCUUCGACACGGCGUUCGUCAACAUCGGGGAAGACUUUAACGUGACGGAGGGGGUGUUCACUUGCCGUGUUCCUGGAGCCUACUACUUCUCCUUCAACGUGGGAAAGAUGCCACAGAAGACGCUGUCCGUCAAGCUGAUGAAGAACCACCUGGAGGUGCAGGCAAUGAUCUAUGACGACAGCCAGGGUGAGAAGGCUCUGCAGAGUCAGAGCUUGAUGUUGUCGCUGAAACCAGGAGACACUGUCUGGCUCUACUCCCACCAGAAAGAUGGCUUUGGAGCCUACAGCAACCACGCCAAGUACAUCACCUUUACUGGCUUCCUGGUAUAUCCAGACUUACCCAACACUACAACCACCACCGGAACCAGCCAAUCAUAUGCAGACAAGAAGCCCUAACCACAACAUACAGGCUUGGGACUGAACAUUGUGGGGGGAAUUCAGUAAGUGGAGAAGUCUGAGUCCAUAAAAGGCGUUGAGCAGUUUGUGGGUAUUGUGCCAUGGGGAGAAAACUCACCAGUGUCUUUGACGCUUACUCUUACUAUGAAUUUCUUCACAAAAUCGAGGGGAACUUUGACUCAAAAUUCCAGCUGUCAGCUUCCCAGGAUAAGACUUUGAAUGACAGUAAUGUGAACUCAAUUUAAUAUUUCACUCUAUAAUGAAAACUGCGGUAUUACCUGCUCCCCUCUAUCAGUCAAACCACCUCAAGGAGGUAGAUGUCAUACCUCCAUGACAUUAAAUUCAACAAAGCUAAACCUACCUACUCAUUCCUUGUCCAAUGCUACACCCCUUCCACCAACUUUCAUGAAAAUUGGGCAAGUAAAUUUUCUGGACAAAGGUAAUGAUUAUUGGUUGUUGAUAUUUCAUGGGGUUGGAGUAAGCAUCUCCCUUUUAAGCGAAAACAAAAUGAAAAGUUGUUGUCUUAUUUAAACUAGAGUCCAGGCUCAAAACCUGUUAAGGAGUUAAGGUGAAUCACCCUACCUACUGUACAUGAAGGUGAGGAGGUAAUUCCAUAGUCAUUUUGAUUAUAAAGUGAAAUCACUUCCUGUAAGUGCAUUUGUUAUUCUUGUCAAAGACUUGUUGUUGCUGUUUCUGCUUGUAUGUAAAAUGUCACAUAUUUAUUAUUUAUGUCUUUAGAGGCAUGUGAAACGGAUACAAACAGUGUGUUUCACGUCAAGUAGAGUCUUUAUUUUCUUUAUCUCAGAGUGUUUCUCACUCCGGUGCUCAGACACAGCGGGAGCAAAGGACAACGGGACGAAACCAACCAUUCUGAUAUAGCGCAGACAGCAUAUCCAUCCCAACUGUUGACCACAUGCCACCUCUGGGCCUGCGGGGAUGCGGACCAUAAUUUGAUUUCUAAUUCUAGCAGCAGUUUAAUUCAUUUCUUCAGAUGGCGUCCACUGUGGGGAAAAUUGAACAGCUUCUCCGAGGCCACUGUAAUAUGCAUGUCUGUUUAAUUUCACACCGCCGGGAGAAAGAUGAUGCUGUUCAAGUUGUGAUGAACCUUGACUUUAUGAAAUCACCUACUCUGUUGGAGAGGCACCGUGUGAAGUGAUACUUUGCUGUAAUUGAACAUUUACAUUUUUUUUUUACCUGAGGUAGUUUUCUGUGAAGUGAAGUAAUGCUAUAAAUGAUGGUCUUACGGACUAGGGUACUGCUGGCAGGCUUAUUUAAUUUAAGAGAACAUACAAUUUAGACUCAAACAAGUAAGGAUUUAACACAGCAAGAGUGGGCACAGGUCAGUUUACAGAAUUAUAACACUUGGUUCACUUAAUUUCUGCUGUCACUAAAGAGAUGAAAAUAGUUUUGUGUGCUGCUCAAAGCAUUGACAAAUGACAAUUAAUGUCAUACUAACCAAAAGUUUUUGCCAAAAAUUCGGCUAUCAUUUUAUAGCUUUGGUUUACUUUUACUACCAUUAUUAACUUUCCAGCCAAAAAAGAACCCACACCCACAAAACCCUCAAAUGACAGACACAUUUUCAGAAUAGCUGGAGCACAUGGAUUUAGCAGCUUAUGAGCCAGGUGUUUUUCUCAGGAGAUGAUGGAGACCAAACUAAGAGCUAAAAGCAGAGUAAAAUAAUUUCAUUCAUCACUUCAAUGAAAGCAUGACUCAAAAAUAAUGAUAAUGUUGCUUCGUGUCUGCUGAUUGUGAAAAUAAAAAAAUGCUUGCUACAUAACAAAAUGUUAUGGCAACAAAUACAUUAAUAAUACAAAGGUCAUUGUGUGUUUACAGCAAGUGACCAAAAACAUCUUACUGCAGCUCUAACAAAAUCUCAAAGCUACUUGCCAGACCAGAAACGAUGUUCCCAAAGAGGUCGGAAAAUAAAUACAAGGGGUCAGAAGAACAAAUGAGCGUAGGAAGAAGACUUUUUUAUUUUGGUUAUUUUUCUUUUCUCACAGAAGAAAUACUGAAGAUUUUGACCUUUUUAGAUAUUUAGGAGCUAUGUAAGUCAAAAUGAAAUCAUGAGAAGGGAACCUCACUUGAGUUACACUAUUCCCUAGACAUACAGCUUGGGCACUGGUUCUCCACCUAGGGGUCAGAAUAACUAUGAAUAAAUCUGAGGGGGUCACUCGACAAUUGAUCAUAUAAAAAAAAGAAAAGUAAGAAAAUCAAUGUCCACACUGAGGGGAUUACCUUUAAAAAAAGGUCCUAUGUAGACAUUUUAGGGGUCACAAGCCAACCCACAUGAGUCCAUUAAUGCAAAAAACUGUCCAUUGAAACUAAAUACAAGUUGAGAUCUAUCCCCAGGUGUGAAAUGUGGUUGUUGCAGCAGCCUAUAGUCAUAAAAAAAAGGGAUGGAUAAAGUAAAAAAAUAAGUAUACUUAAUGCAUUCAGGUACAUUUUAGGACAGUAUCACAAGAUAAACUGACAGUGGUGUGAUGAAUAUUUUCACAAUACCACUAAAAGCUAGUGAAAAUCCAUAAAUCCUCUGACAAGUAGUGCCAGCAAAUCACAAAAGUAAAAUGAAAGGUUCUCUUGAUUUCACUGAAAUAUUUUAAAUUAAACACUAUCAGAUAAACCUAAAAAUGUGACAAGUAGUGCAGAAUUUUCUGAAAUUAGCUGAGAGUCACAAGCGUAUUCACCUCACAGCGCUCUCUUUAGCACCAGGGGAAAUUGCCUCACACCUCCUCAGAAAACUAAUAAGAGACAGCGAGUCUCCGGCGACUUCACACUCUCACCAGGCCUCUCUGUAACAGUGCUACUAAUCGACAAUUUCCUGUCCUCUACAGCUGCAGAUGUCAGAAAAUGAAACAGUUUUGGACUAGAGAGUUGAUAUUUUUUUCACAGUAUGAAAUGACUGUGGGUUUGCCUCAUUUCAGAAAAUAAUGCACUCUGUAACAAUCAUACCCUUUAUAUAAAAUAAGCCUUAGAUAGAGUCCAGUGCUCGAGGGUGGAACCGUGUAUGCUUCAGCUUUACUUUGAGACAAACCUGACCCAGUUCAGUAAGUCAUGAUCAGAACUCGUGGUGUGUGAAGUGACUUGAGCAUUACUCAUCUGAAGCACUUGUGUGAUGCAUGCAUGUAACUACAAAUACAAUUUUUUAAAAAAGAGAAAAGUUCUCAUGACUUGCUGAGCGGCUUCACAGGCCCAGGUGAUGCCUGUUAACUGUGUAUUUUUAUUAAAGUGAAUAUUCUGUGCAGUAACUGACAAUAUGUUGGAUGUUCCUGGUCUGUGCUUCUUUCUUUUUGAUAAUCCUGAUGAAAGAUGGAUCAUCCUGUAUUAGAAACUACUGUUUGUCCAGCACACACGAGUCAACAUGUGGUUGAAAAUGACCCGAAAUAAGAAAUGGUGUGUCCGAACAGCACAAAUCCAUCCACAACGGGGAAAAAACCAGAAUAAAUAAAAACAUUUUGACCAAUGUCUACAGUAGUCUGGUCCAUGUUAACUCUUGUUUUGAGUAUUUCUUACAUGUAAAAUGAAUGCUUCAUUGCAAAUAUGUGCCAAAAUAAAAACUGGAAAUGUA